GCAAGGCGCGAUGACGCAGUUGUGACGUAUGCGAUGCGGCGUAACGUGACGUAGGGUAACGUGAAGCUCUCCGGCCUUUCCAUCCUCCCGGGUGUCUGGUUGGUACCUCCUUCAGGUGAGCGGAUGAACAUGGCGGCGCCCGGGACCUGUGGGGACGCCGCCUGCUGCUCUCACCAGAGCGCCGUGCCCAGCGUGCAGCAGACCCUGGAAGAGAUGGACUUCGAGAGAGGAAUCUGGUCAGCAGCACUGAAUGGAGACCUAGGAAGAGUGAAACAUUUCAUUCAGAAGGAAACAGACCCCAGUCAACCUGAUCCUUCUGGAUAUACUGCCCUGCACUAUGCCAGUCGAAAUGGACACUAUGCUGUGUGCCAGUUCCUUUUGGAGAGUGGAGCCAAGUGUGAUGCCCAGACACAUGGGGGUGCAACAGCUCUGCACCGAGCCAGCUAUUGUGGGCAUACUGAAGUGGUUCGACUACUGCUGUCACAUGGAGCUAAUCCAGGUGUGGCAGAUGAUGAUGGAAUGACCAGCCUACAUAAGGCUGCUGAGAGAGGUCACUUGGAUCUCUGUUGCCUCCUGCUGCAGCAUAGCCCAGCUUUGAAAGCUGUUCGAGACCGAAAGGCUCGGUUAGCAUGUGACUUACUGCCCUGCAACAGUGACCUUCGAGAUCUGCUUGCUAGCUGAAUAACCAGAUUCCAGUCUCAGCAAGAGUCCUGGAACCUGGAUCCUCAAGCACUUUCCUCUAUCCCUGCGUUCUACAAAUGGGAAACUGAAAACUCAGGGCUUACGAGACUGAACAGAAGAGAUAGGACCAUCUUGAGGGAGUUCAUUACCAGGUCAGGAAGGGAACUUGGUACAAACACUCAAGCCUGACAGGUGAUCAUAUUCUAAAUUAGCACACAUUAGUAGAGAUGUCUAGUCCAAGCUAUUUCCCUAGCUCAGAAUCAGUACUCAUGACUAAGGGGGAAAACAGUUGCUUCUGCCCUUUUCCUUUGGGUAAAAUAUUCUCCUCCCCUAAUACUCUUAUCCUGGGAGUUAAUCUCAUUGUUAGGGGCAGAUAAUGAAGAAUAGAAUCAGACUUAUUUUCAGUUUAGUAUUUUGCUGGCAGUCAUAAACAACUUCAGUGGCCUUAAAACUGAAGGCAAGAAAUCACCUAAAUUUGUCAAAUUUACCAGGAAGCAAAUUGUUAACUGGAUUAAAGAAAAUCCCAGGGCAUUGGGCUGGUUGGAUAUUCCCACAAAGCAUUAAAACACUUACAAGGAAAAUAGCUCUAAUGGUGGUGUUCAUUUUGGACUGCCUGACUCAGGUGAGAAUUUAAGAAGAAGCUUGGCAUAGAGAGAGUGCUGAAUUUAGAGUCAGGAUCUGGGAUGAAAUUCCAGCCCCAUUACUACUUUUGUCAUCUGUAGAUGAGCUGGUUAGACAAGAUAAUGUCAAAGAUCUCUUCCCACUCUAAAUCUAGUUUUUAACUCCUUGUUCACAAUAAGGAUAGCCCUUUUGAACUUGAUCUGAGUCCAGGAGAGUAGUGUUGGCCACUGUUGAAUCUUAGGAAUGAAUGCUAGUUGUUCGUAUUCCUUCUGGCUUUGCUAUCAUCUGUUAAUCUGGUUCUGGAAUCGUUUGUUGUUAGCAUCUUUUUUUCCAUUGAAGGGCAAGAUUUUAAUCAGCUAGAUAAGAGUUAGACUACCCUUGAGGGAUUUCCAGGGAAUCAGGGAAGAGAAUUACAGAAUUCGAUUUUGGUGAUUGGGAAGAGGUAACAAGACCAGGUUUGCUCUGAAUAGGGUAAAAGAACUCUUAAGCUACAGCUUCACUUAGACCAAUUACAAGAGAAAGGUCCCUGUUCAUGGACGGGGCAAUACAACAACCUACUUUGAAUUAAUUGGGGAACUCUGGUUCUUGCUAACUAUUCGUAGGAAUAAAGGUUUAACAUUUCUAAUAAAGGAAAAUGGUUCAUCAA